CGGCGUUGUUCAUUGCUCUUCCAGCAUCCCACAGAUUCGCUUGCUCUCACUGUUCGCACAUCACGUGUGGGAUUAGAGGAAGUCGCGGUAAACAUUGUCUGGUGAAGUCGACGGUGUGCGUGGCUGAAACAAGCGUGGCUUCUUUUUUUGUCUCUCUUUCUUUGGGUGUGUAAGUAUCGUGCUGUUGGUUGUGCAGAACUGAGGUGGUUCGGUGGUGGAGAGCUUGCCAUUUCGCGUCAUCUGCUGAGUUCGCCGGUUGCAACUAUUCAACCUUGCAGUUCAUCAAGGAACAAGCUCCUCCUCUCCGGUUCCUGCUGACUGCACCAAUGAAGCUGCAAGCCAUAGUUUUAUUCCUGAAUCUCCUGCAUCUGCAAUGCGAUGCACUCCGCCUUCCACUGAGCCUGAACACAGCGAGGAUGCCGCCAACAUCUGAUCCAACUUCUGCCAAUCCUCCAUCGACGCAUCCGACACGGGAUCUCCUCCAGUUUCCGGAGAGCAUCGCAUCCCAAAUUGUUCCUGCAGUUUCUGAUCCUCUCUCCUGUGGGGCCGGCAAUACCAGCAGUGCUCAGGAAGCUGCUAAUGAGGGUGCCCAGGAAGGCCAGAGACAACAACGGGUGGCAGCAGACCUCGUUCAGGCUGUUCAAGUUCAGACCUCUCCAGUCUCCUCAAGUCAACAGAAUACGGGAGUGCUGAAUGAGUCGCAUAUCCCAUCGCAAGCAGAAGUCAUUCCUACAGCAGCUCCAGCUGGUAUCAUCGCGAGAAAGGCGAUAAGAAUGAGUACAGCAGCUGCCAGGCUUACAACGCCAGAAUAUUUGCCCGACGAGGACUACCAAGUUGUUCAGGUGGGACGCCGCUGUGACUACAGUGUCGAAGCCAACGGGCUUCUCUGGAACUUAACCGAGGGUGGUAUUGUCGCUGCGGCUGCGUGCCCUGCAGGAUACCAGGGCUCAGUCUACAGACCCUGCUAUUCGUCCGGUCUUUGGGGUGCGUCUGACUAUACGGACUGCAGGCUUGAGAGACUCGCCAAUAUACGAAACCUCAUAUACUACCAUCUGCAUAACAACCUUAUCGAAGGGCUGUACCACCUCUCAGAUGACCUCGCGCGGUACCUCAACACUGUGGACAUCAAGAGCCCCAUGGACCGGUUGGACACGAUGGACACACUCAACAGCGUGCUGCAGACUAAAGUGGCGCUGAGGCUACGUAAUGGGUUCGACAUUGCGUUUGUUCAGUCCUUACUGGAAUCCGUCAACGAGAUACUCACAAAGAAGAAAGUGGAAUUUACGUCAGAAUCCCGGAAGAUUUCCCUGAUGACAGCCAAGGCGGGAGAGAUGAUUCUAAGCCUGUCCACGUUCGUCGACACGGCGCUGUCGGGCUUCAGAGAGAGCGACUUAAAGGAGGUCGCGCUGUCAGCGUCCGAAAACAUUGUGCUACACUUGCGAAGGAAACAAGAAAGGGAACAAGAGGUGAUUGUCUACACGAACGAGUCUCGGACGUCAUCUGUGAAGGUAACAGACAGCUACAGCGUCGGGAGCGUACGGGCCGUGCUUCUUCUACGGGGUCUAGGGUCCCUCAUGAACAACGAACAUAUUCAACUCAACAGUGACAUGCUCAUCGUCGCAUUCCAGCCACCUCUCAGAGCUCCCGACGAGAAUGUUUCUACCCAAUUUGACGUGACCAUGGACUACCGUGAGGAAAGCCAUGCUCCCGAGAACAAGCUUGACUGCGCAUCUAUUUGGAACUCGACCUGGUUAUGGUCAAAGGAAAACUGCCACCUUGCGUUCAAUACAGGACAUUCAGUAACAUGCCGGUGUUCGCAAUCUGGCAAUGUGGCGACAGUACUACGUCGCACCUGGAGCACGGAGAAGUACAUGGUGACCCAACGGGUGCGCGUCGUCAUGCUUGGAGGAUGCAUAGUAUGCUUAUCUGCAGUUGCUGUGACAUUCGUCAUUUACGCUUAUAAUCUCAGGAGGGACGGGACGGAGCCUUCCGUGAUUCGACUGAAUUUGCUCAUCUCUGUUGCCUUUAUCCAGAUUGUCUACAUCGCAGGAGUACAAGCCACGGCAUACUAUGAGGUGUGCUACAGCGUGGCUAUCCUUUUGCACUACCUGUUCCUGGUAGCAAGCUUUUGGAUGCUGUCGUACGGAAUCCAGUUGUAUCGGAGGCUGCGGAAUUCCAGCGCUCUCUCCGCGGCUGUGCCACCAGGUUCUGUGUUACCCAGCCAGAGGACACGGGAUUAUUGCCUACUAUCCUGGGCUCUUCCUGGUGCUCUGGUCCUAUUAUCAUUCGUCGUCAACCCAAGGGGCUACGAAGUUCGUCGCUAUUGCUGGCUUUCAAUACAGCGAGGAAUGCUUCUCUCAUUCAUCGUGCCCAUAUCCAUUUUGAUAGUGGUGAACACAACGCUGAUGGUUCUCGUCCUGAGGCACUUCUUUGCUCAACGGCCAGUUACUCACAAGAACGAAAUUGAAAAAAUCAGGUGUUCGCUCCGAGCAGGAGUCAUCCUCCUCCCUCUAUUGGCUGUGAACUGGUUCUUCGGAGUGCUCGCAUUAGAGGACUCUUCAACGGUCAUCUUUGAAGGGGUCUUCGCAUUCACCAACAGCCUCCUGGGACUCUCCAUAUUUGUUUUCUACUGCGCCACAAACCCAGAGAUCCGAAGAAGCUGGCACACAGCGCGGUCACUCAAGAGCAAGAAACGACCUAAGUCGGCAGCGAUGAAGCUUAAGAAGAGCUCCACUUUCUCCUCGAACGGGAAGGAUUCGUGCUUUGCAACACCUGUCGAUGACAGGGGUCGGUCCGACGUCCAGCCGCUCCUCUUCAGUGCUUCGCCCCCUUGCGAAGAGACACCGUCCUCCUCAGCCUCCUUCCUCAGGGUCUAAGAGGUGUCGCUGAAACAUUGCUCAGCUAACUGUUGUAAAACCGCACUGUUUAAGGGACGACUGCCUGCCGGUGCCAGCGCGAAUCUAGGUACGCCCAGCCUUACUCUUGGAAAGUAGCUGCAGGGAUCUGAGGCGAAAAUCCAGCCUCCUGUUCAACAAAGAAGUAUUUGUAACAACGGUGUUACAAUGGUGGCAACAUGAGCGAUACAGACGAUGAAGCAAACCGCCGUGGUCAGGGCUCAGCAACGGAGAAAUGAGAGGAGCAGUGGCAUGCAUCGAAGUCCCAGUGUGUCGCUAUUCACGAACUCCCUCUGAAGGAAACACCGUGCUUGUCAAACGACAUAAAAAAAGAUGACAGUUAACGCUAGGUUUAGCCGCGUGAUGUGACUAUGGUCAACCACUCUUAGCAAUGUUACAGUAACAAGGUGUGCUAGGGUGCUGAGGAGUUGAGAUGGUUCACUGCCAAAGGAUAUGUUCUUGAGGAGAGACUCGACGUGUCCGUACGUACGACACGUAGAACGUCAGCCACAUAACCUGUAUUUUGUUGCUAACUCGCUUAGGAGAGGUGGCUCCUCAAUGACAGCCAUCACUCCACCGAAAAGAAUCGUUUACGCAGCAGGCAUCUUCUGGUGUCCUUCAUAUAAGAAAUGGAAACUUGUGGAGUGUUAGACUAGGUCAAAACAUAUAUCGCAUGCGAUAUGCUUCACGCAUUAGCACGUUACAACCAAGGUCUUAUAUGAAGGGCGUCGCCCUACCGUCAGAAACGCUACUCGUCUACAGUGUCAACUCAAAUUAAACGUCCAGGCCACACUGACGCGGCAAGAGGAAAAAAGCGGCCGUAUAUGCAGCGCCUCGGACGUUGUGUGUCGUCCUUCAGGAUUCAUUUCAAG